AUGGAUAUUUCCAAGGCCAAGUUCAGCUUUCAGGAUGAAACGCACGAUGAGAAGCAAAAGCCCAUUAAAAUUGCCUUCUUGGGCACCAGGCAUCCUCAUGUCAUGUAUCGCUUUGCCGUGCUAGACAAAAUGGGUGGUUUUGAAUUUUCGGGCUUCUACGAAGAAGAAGACGAUAUCGCUACAGAACUCGCCAAGAGACUGCCACGCUUACCACGCUUCAGCAGCCCAAAGGAGCUCCUAGACACCAAUCCUGAUGUCGUCAUGAUUCAUGCUUUGGAUCCAGAUGUUCCUCGAUGGGCUCGCUUUACCAUAAACCACCCGGCUCCAUUCAAGGGUCUGUUUUUGGAAAAGCCAGGUGCCGCAGAUCCAGCCGACUUCUAUAAGCUGGCCGAAGAGAUCGAGGCCAAACGCCCUGGUCUUGCGGUUGAACUUGGCUACGAAAUACACUAUUCAGAAUCGUUGGAUUUUGCACGGAAAGUUAUCCGCGAAGGAGUUUUGGGAGACAUUACGACAGCUAGGUUCCACGGCGGCUGCCCAUCAGGCGCUGGUAUGGAUCUGUGGCAGGCCAUCCCGGAAGACCUUGGUGGAAUCAUGCAAACCGAAGGCUGCCACACCUUGGAGAAUGUGAUCGAUUUGUUCGGUGCGCCAGAACGGGUGGUUUCAUCUAUCCGGAAGCUGCCGGAGAGGCCACCGCAUCCUGUCGUGGGCUGGAUUCCAGACCUGUUCACAGGUACCGUUUCAACAGGGAAAUUCGGCGUGGGCACUUUGCUAUACGAAGAUGUCUGCUCUGGUAUCAUGGAAUAUCCAGAUAAGACUAUUGUCUUGGACAUGACAGCUUGGGAGCCAACAGAAUGGUGCAACGAAUGGGCAAUUGAUGUCUACGGAACCAAUGGCUCUUUGCAUGUAAUCCCUGAUUAUCCCGUUGGGACGCUGUAUUUGCGCGAAGCUCGAGGUAGUUUUGCUGCGGGUGAGACCAAGCUAGAUACCCAACUACCGCACGGCACCUCCAAUGUACCCUCGUGCUAUCGCAGGCAAUUCAAGUCUCUAUUUUCGAGGGUUCGCGGAAUCAGCCCCGAGGACGGUAGUUGUGAUCUGCAGAAAAAUGUAAAGAUUCUGAAGGUUAUUGAUGCUUUUUACAAGUCAGCCGAAUCAAAACAAUGGAAAGACGUAUAG